CCCGCGCGAGCCUGGAGGGGGAGGGGAGCGCGAGACCCGAAGGGCCGAUGGCGGCGGGGCCGGGGAGGCAGCUGAGCCGCUCGCAGGUGUGCGGGAUGCUGCGCCAGGAGCUCAGCAGCGACGGCGCCUUCCUGCAGGGGCACCACCAUGUGCUCGUCAUCCUGGGGGCCUCCGGUGACCUGGCCAGGAAGAAAAUCUACCCCACCAUCUGGUGGCUGUUCCGGGACGGGCUCCUCCCGGACUCCACGCGCGUCGUCGGCUUCGCCCGCUCGGCCCUGACGGUGGAGCUGAUCCGGGAACAGACCCUGCCCUACCUCAAGGUGACCCCCGAGGACGAGCCGCGGCUGGCGUCGUUCCUGUCCCUGCAGAGCUUUGUCCGUGGCCAGUACAACGACGAGGGCUGCGUUCCGGGCGCUCGACUCCCACCUGCGGGCGCUGCCCGGCGGCUCCGGCGCCCACCGGCUCUUCUACCUGGCCCUGCCCCCCAGCGUGUACACCCCGGUGACCCGGCACCUGCGGCACACCUGCAUGGGGGAUGG